CUACAUAUAUUAACUCAAAGUAAAUAAAGUUUGCAUUAACGUAUGUAUGUAAGGAGUUUUAUAUGUGUAUUAAAAUAAGAUGUAUAUUUGCUGUUUUUUGAGUUGAAGAUAAGAGAAAAUGAAUAUAUAGCAAGAAUAAAAACAUAACACAAGACAAAACAAAACAAACAAAAAAAAAACAUAAGAAAAACGUUAAACCAUGACGACGAACUACCAGCAUGACAGUCGUACGAACAAUGGUGUGAUAGAUUCGUAUCCACCAGACGACAGUGGUAUACAGCUCCUGUCCUAUACAACACGACGCAACAAACCCAACACUUCUGAGAAUAAUGCCAUUAAUCAUAAAGAAUUUGGAACCCCAGAUGAGAAGAAAAAGUUUAUUCCAACAUAUUCGGACGUGGUAAAACUUGAUCCCGGCUUAGAGUCUGUUAACAAAAGUCGUGAAUUAUACAAUACAGAACAGCAAGAACUCGACCAACCACCGCCUGACAGAUACAGAAUUGUGUUUGGAAUUUUCCUUAUUCAUGGAGUGGGUAUCCUAAUGCCAUGGAACAUGUUUAUUACUGCAAAAUCGUAUUUUGAAGACUACAAAUUAAACACGCCCACCAGCAGAGACGCAGUAUAUCGUUCCGAGUUUAUGUUUUACUUGGGUAUCGUAUCACAGGUGUCGUCUGCAGUGGUCAGCUGUGGAAACACUUUUUUCCAGUUUGGAGGAAAGGCUUCAACAACAAGGGUUGCUAUUGCCUUGUUUUCUAUGGUUAUGAUCUUCAUAUUUACGGUGAUUCUUGCAAUGGUUGACACAUCCGGAAUCCCACUUAUUUUCUUUGGUCUUACUCUUGCAUCAGCGUCACUCUUGAAUUGUUGUGGUGGCGUGUAUCAGAACAUAACAUUUGGUAUGGCAGCUAUUCUACCGAUGAAAUAUACCAACGCUAUUGUUUUAGGAUCGAAUCUCAGUGGAGUGUUUACUUCAGUGAUUAAUAUUUUGUCAAUAGCAGGAUCACCGAACCCCAGAACAGCUGCUGUGUACUAUUUUAUCGUCGCUAUAAUCAUCCUCUUAGUAGCGUUUGACUGUUACUUUUUACUCCCGCUCACAAAAUAUUACCAGUACUUCAUGAACAAAGUGCACGGUUCAAAAGAUGAAGACAAGAAAAUGCUUUGUGGCGAUUAUCUUAACGCAUUUAUUGAUUCUUGCAAAACGUAUGGGGUAGUUAUAAAGAAGAUAAAACUUCAGUUAUUCGGAGUAUGGUGUACGUUUUGUGUAUCGCUUAUGUUAUUUCCGGCAAUACAAAGCAAUGUUAAGAUGGUCAGACAAACAUUUGUUAACGACAAUGGGACAGAGACUGAACAAACUAUAACUUUCAGUGAAGAAUUUGAAAUGAAAGGCUAUUGGACAUCUAUAUUUACAUUCCUCAGCUUUAAUCUGUUUGCAUGUCUUGGAAAUCUUACAUCAGAAUGGAUCAAAUGGCCUGGUCCCAAUCGUGUCUGGAUUCCUAUAGUGCUGAGGGCUUUCAUAUUGAUUCCAGUAUAUCUACUCUGUAAUUACCAACCAAUCGGAUUUGAGCGCAAGUUCCCAGUAUAUAUACAAAAUGACGUGGUUUUUAUAAUAGCGGGAGUUGUCAUGGCAUUCACGAGUGGUUACUAUAGCAGUCUUACCAUGAUGUAUGGACCAAAAGAAGUGGAACCUUCUAUGAUGGGUAGAGCAGGUAUGAUGAUGGCGUUCUUCCUCGUUCUUGGAAUCACUUCCGGUGUAAACCUGUCAUUAUUGUUACAGAGACUUGUUACAACCAAAGCAGAAAUAGGAUAAAACAGAACUCGGAAGGAUAUAAAAACAACAACUGCCCAUCAUCUUCAAGUUAUUACUUUAUAUAAUGUGGUUUAGACUUGUUCGGCAAUAACCAGUCUGAAUAAAUGUACGUUUUUGUGU